AUGGCUGCCGUACAGACGCUCAGCUCUUCUGCUGUUCCAACUCCACCGCUCCUGUCGGCCUCCAAGCGACAGACCGCAGCGGGUGGGAAACCUCUGAUCCAGGUCCAGAAUGCGGGCACGGCCAACAAAAAGGUUUCCUUCGAUGCAUCCAAGCACCUGAGAUUCAAGGAACCGUCCAAGGUGCACACCAUGGCCGAGCUGGGAUACGCCGAGAACCGUGGCGUCUCCCCGAUUGGCGUCUCCGAACCGUUUCCCUUGUUCUCUCCCGACGCCAUCCAGCAGAUGCGAGCGGAAGUCUUGGGUGAUGAGGUGUGGGAGAAACAUCAAUAUUCCAGCGAACUUGCACAGUGUCAGCUGCGUGGGUUCGCACCAGAUUGUGCACCCUUUGUUUACGAUGCUUGGAGAAACCCUGAGGUCCUCUCUAUCAUCUCCAAGAUCGCAGGUGUCGACCUGGUUCCCGUCAUGGACUUCGAGAUUGGUCACAUCAACAUCUCGGUGCAGACGGAAGAAGAAAAGAACAAGGCGAUGGCAGCCGUGGUUGAGAGGAUGAACCGCGACGCAGAUGAAGGGGAGGAUAUCGAUCCCAUCGUUGACUGGCACACAGAUAGCUACCCUUUUGUGUGUGUGACCAUGCUCUCCGACUGCACGAACAUGAUCGGAGGCGAGACUGCCCUGAGAUGUGGAAAUGGGGAGGUGGUCAAAGUGAGAGGUCCGCAAAUGGGAUCGGCUGUCAUCCUCCAGGGUCGAUAUAUUGAACACCAGGCGUUGCGCGCUCUGGGGACUACUGAGCGGAUUUCCAUGGUGACCUCUUUUCGACCGCGUUCCUCGGCUAUCAAGGAUGACACCGUCCUCACAACCGUUCGUCCUAUCUCUGAUCUAGGAGAGCUGUACCUGCAGUUCUCCGAAUAUCGGUUCGAGAUGCUCGAGGAACGCCUUCGCGAUAUGAACAGAAUCAUCCGCGACCGAAAGCGAGCCAGACGCCAAUUCGAUACCCGUGGAGUCAAGCAGUUCAUCCGCGAGCAGAUCGCAUUCCUGGAGCAUAUGGACCGGGAAAUUGUCCAAGACGACAAGGUCAAGAAAGGCGUGGUCGACGACAGCCAUCUGGUCUCCGAGGAUCUGAGGCAGCAGCGUUCGAGGAAGCGCGCUCGGCUCGCUAAGCAUUGA